AUGGAGUCCACCGACUCUACAACCGCGUCCGCUACAUCGCCCAACGAAGACCUCUCCCCGCUCGAACAAGACGUGCUAGAUGAGUAUGAGCGACUCGCAGAGAAUAUGAAAAAGUUUGCAAGCCUGCUCGAUACGAUGGCCGGUAAACCUACGGCGGAAAUACUGGAUGGGCUGAGGCAGUUGGAGAGGAAGACGAGCUUGGUGUUUACGCUUCUCAAGGCGAGUGUGUAUAGCAUUGUGUUGCAGCAGGAGAUAUAUUCGGGGGAUCAGGUUAGGGGGCAGGAGGGGUAG